UUCCUGAUAAAUGUGAUUUAAAACCUAGCUCAAAAUAUGUAAAAGAUUUGAUGUUUGCAUGGAGUAUUUUUUUAACAUGACUAAAGGUAAAAAUGUCGGUAAUGUAAUAAAUGCUAUCUAACUUCCGCAUUAACCUUCACUACCAGAUAUUAUCCGUAAAAAACGUGUCUAACGAUGACCAAUCACUCUUAAAACAAGUGUUCGUCCAGAUGGAUAACCAAAGUGCUUUUAAUAUUUUAUAUGAGUUAAACGUAAAAUAUAAUGUAUAUACUGAAUAUAAAUAUUGCACAGAGCUCUCUGGAAUUAAAAUGUAUUAUUAAUCACCAAGCUAAAUUCAAUAAAGUGAAUCAUUUUAUAAGUAGACUGCAUACAUGACUACGAGUCACACGGAUAGAUAGAUAAAACAAGACAUACAAACACAUGUCAGACUGAAUACGUACUUAAAUCAUGUUUUCUUGCCCGCAUAGUUUAAACAUGGACGACACUUUCAGCCUGGAAUGGAUUUUCGUUUUCGUUCAAAACAUGGAAAAUUACGCAAGUGACUAACACAAGUUUGCGAGAAAGGACUGCUGUAACCAUGGAUGAACAAAGGAAAAUGUCGAACGGAUCAACGCUUUUGGAAGCUCUAUACGACCAGGCUAUUCAUAGGGAAGAGUUCUGUGACGUCACUUUGAAAUUUGGGGACAAGAUAAUGGGAGCACAUUGGUACGUGUUGGUGAUCAACUCAGGAUAUUUCCAGGACAUGUAUGCCAGCAGGUUAAAAGAGAAAAAAGAAGGUUCGAUACAAAUCACAGAGGGAACACGGGAAGCGAUUCAAGCGGCAAUUAAGUAUUUGUAUACAGGAAAAGUCAUCAUUGAUGAUACGCAUAUAGACGAAAUACUUCAUAUUGCUGAUUAUCUCCAAAUACGUUCACUCACAGAUGAAUGCAACUCAUAUCUGGUGAACAAAGUAAGAUCUCCAUCAACAUGCUUGAAAGUUUACAAAUUAGCUAAAUGUUACAAGCUUAAUCUGUUGGAAGAUCUUUUGGGUUACAUAGCUGCAAAUCUAAAAGAAACUGUUGAUAAUUCUUCUGAUAUACAACAUAUGACGAAUAAAGAUGUAGAUGAGUUUUCUAUCGAGUUGCAACGUCAUGGAGCAAGUCUUGAAGGUCGAUUAGUAUUUUAUCAUAAAUGGCUGCGCUACGAUGUGGAAAAUAGAAAAGAAGUAUUUAAACAGUGGUUUUGUAAAUUGAAUUUACAAGAAUCUACACACGAGGAUUUCGAAAGUUUAUCUAAAUAUCAUGGUCUCUUUCAAACCAUUUUCAAAAAUUGUUGGGAAUAUUACAUGGAAACAAAAAUUCUUGUAUUUAAUUGCCAUUUAAAAAUGUCAUUGAAAACAAAAGUCAUUUUAGCUUUGACUAUAAAGGACGUUAAUCAACUGUGUGUCCAUGCAUACAUAAUAGAUCAAAAUUAUUGGUUAUUUAUUGACACACUUCCAGUGGAAUUCCAUCCUGAAACAUUGAACGACAUAUGUAUGACUGUCAACGAAACAGAUAAUUGCAUAUAUGUAGUCGAUGAUAGCACGUAUCAACGGUUAGGUGAAGAGGGAACAGACAGUAAUAAUACAUGUUAUGUUCUCUUACAUAAAUAUGAUUUUAUGCGGAAAGUGUGGAACAAAUUUGAAGUAAAUCUAAAUAUCAAGAAACAAAACCUCAAUGAGAUCAAAGGAAUUGAAUGGCUGAACAAGAAAUUAUGUAUUGUAGUUAAAUCAUGGUCACCAAGUGGGAAUUAUGUAAUAUUAUGUCAGUUAGAAAAUAACAAAUGUUGCUGCAAUGUUUCACCUUUAAUCGAGUUAGCAGCAAAUCUGGAUAUUGAAACAGUCGAUAGCUGCGUCGUUGAUGAUAUGUACAUUGUUGUUAAUUGUUGUUACUUUAACAAAGAGGGCACACUUUCAGAAUCUGUGGCUGUUGAGCAUAUUUGUGCAGGGCCAACGGAACCUGCACUUUACACGUUUCCUAGAGAGAAAAUAUUUCAUGAGCAGCGGUUUAUGUUUCCAACAUGCAGAGGUGUUAUCCGUUCAGGGAUAUCUUCGUCGAGAUACAUGUACUUAAAUGUAUUUCUAGGUCUAUCAUCGGAAAUAAAAGAGGGACUUUUACCGGGAUUUGUGUUAAGUCCUACCGGUGAUGUCGGUGAAAAAAAUUCUGCCCAGGACUGCAUCGUUCAUGGGGCGUCGUUAAACACAGUGUUUAUUCAAAAUCCAAUCGCAAACAAGAUUUAUAUGUUUGAUUUUUGCUCGCAGUCUUUACCCGAAAUUCCGUCACCGCCGGGCAAACUGCAUCGAUCUAAAUUUGUUUCCGGGUUUCUCUGUUCCAGUGCACUUUUAAGUCCAUGCCCGUUUUGUGCUUUUGAGCAAAAGGUCAUUUAACAACGAAAGAAGCGUGUAUAUGAACAUGUACCCGACCGUUGAGUGUUAAUGCAUAUAAAACUUGUCACUAAAUGCUUUGUAAAUAACUCUGGGCGCAGUGAAUAUCUAUUGAAAUGCUAUACCCAGCUCACGAAGAUUUUAAAUUUUGAACAACGAAUAGUCAAUAAAUGACUUAUUAGUGCAUGACUUAACACUCGCAUGUUCAAAUGACAACAGUGGUUGAUGCAAUAGCUUUCCGAAGGUCUGCAAUGUUGAAUAAUUAAUCUGGUUGAAUGUGAAAGCAGGAAUAAUAAUCCAUAUUAUAUCAAAACAUUUAGAAUUUAACCAGGCAUACGUUUCCAAGUUAUAUUUUUAUAUCUUUACUUUAGAGUAAGGCAACAAUUUUAACAGAGUUUAACUCAAUGAAUAGUGGCAUCUUAACCAUUUCCUUACUUAAAUGAUCCAAUAUACUUAUACAUAUAGUGGCAUACAAUCAACAAAUAUUAACGCGACGAUGUUAUGUGUACACAUAUUUAAAUACAAACAAACAUGUAUUAUGUAAACUAACAAUGCUUACUUUAAUGUAAUGCAUAUCGCAUAGUAUAAAUAGUAUAAUUGUAAAAAAAUGUAUUAGUUUUCAAAGAUAUUUUUGUUGUGUAUACAUGUUUGAAUACUUUGUAAAACUUUGCAAUCUUUAUAUUUUGUUUUUUAUGCACAAAUGUUCUACGAAGCUUCUGAUUAAUAUUUUGUAGGUAUACCAUAUGCUAAUCUUACACACCUUUUCACUGUUUUAUACAUUUAUUUACAUCAGAAAAAACAUGUGUUGGCUGU